AUGCCCGCGAUGGAUGGGGCUGCAAGGCCCGACUACUUAUCUCGAAUGGUCUGCUGGACUGCAUUACAUGCAGAGAUCCUUCACGGCGCAGAAAUCGAGCUGAAGUGGCACUUUAUGGAACACGACGCUGGGAUGAAGCGCCAUCAGAACCAUGCUCUUGAAGUUGGAUGGUUAUCCAGACGAACAGCUGCAAGCAUGUCUUGGCUCUCCCUUGCUACCUUCGAGUUCAAAUCAGUAGCACCAUCCACAAUCUACGAUGCGCCGAGGUCAGGCGGUGCCAUAAAGCCUGCGGCUGUGGCUCAGAAGAUAUUAGACUGGUCAAAAACUGCUAUCGAAGUUCCUCCAACGCAACGCACUGAAACUUUGCAGUGCAAAGCUUAUAUGCACUAUCUGUGA